CUCGAAAUUUCCUAAGUAAAUCACAAGCACCAUAUGUUUUCAUUAACUUCCUUUUAAAGAUGAUUGACACAACAUAAGACAAAUCAUUGAAGUGAAAGCGGACUGAAAUCGAAACUAAAAACAUUAACUGCGCGACUUCACAGAAGAUGGCAUCCAAAUUUGCUUCAGACUUUUCUUGUCCUGUGUGUUUUGAAGUCUUCACUGAUCCGGUGUUUUUGUCUUGUUCUCAUAGCUUUUGUAAAGAUUGUCUCCAGAAGUUCUGGGAGCAAAAUGAAAACCUACUCUGUCCAGUUUGCAGAAGAAGAUCCUCAAAAUCUGAUCCUCCGAGGAAUCUUGUGUUGAAGAACCUGUGUGAGGUGUUCUUACAGGAGAGAGGUCAGAGAGCUUCAGCAGUUUCUGAGACUGAGGCGCUCUGUGGGCUUCAUAAGGAGAAGAUCAAGCUCUUCUGUCUGGAGGAUAAACAGCCUGUGUGUUUGGUGUGUCGGGACUCAAAGAGGCACAUCAAUCAUAGCUUUAGACCCAUUGAUGAGGCAGCGCUAGAUUUCAAGGAAGAACUCCAGCCAAAACUGCAACCUUUAGAGGAGAAGCUGAAAAAUCUUCAAAAAGCAAAGCAGUCCAGAGAAGAAUGGUCACACCACAUAAAGAAUCAAGCCCAGCGCGUGCAACAAGAGAUAAGAAAGGAGUUUGAAAGGCUUCACGACUUUCUGCGAGAUGAAGAAGCCAUCAGAAUAGUUGCCUUGAUAGAGGAAGAGGAGGAGAAGAGUCAGAAGAUGAAGAUGCAAAUUGAGGAACUGGAUAAAAGUAUAUCAUACCUGACCAGUUCAAUCAAAACAAUAAAGACAGAACUGAACAGAGAUGACACUGCUUUUCUUCAGAACUAUGCAAUGACAGCAAAAAGAACUCAGUGUAACCUGAAGGAUCCAGAGAUCCCCUCUGGGGCUCUGAUUGAUGUAUCAAAGCACCUUGGAAACCUGAAGUUCAAAGUGUGGGAGAAAAUGCAGAGCAUUGCUCAAUACAUGCCUGUGAUCUUGGAUCCUAACACUGCACCACCAACUGCUGUUGUCUCUGAAGAUCUGACCAGCAUGAGAUUCAGUGAUUUUGCCCAAGUGCUUCCCAGUAAUCCAGAACGAUUUGAUUAUUAUGAAUGUAUUUUAGGUUCAGAUGGCAUCAACUCAGGCAUCCACAUCUGGGAUGUUGAGGUUAAAAACAAUACACAAUGGUAUGUUGGUGUACUUAGAGAAUCUGUCCAGAGAAAAGGGGAGCCUCUGGUUGAAACUGGGUUUUGGGAUCUGGGUUAUUAUGCUGGUCAGUUCAUUGUUGACAACUCUGGAGUGAAAAACCAGCUCUCACUGAAAAACAGAGAGCUUGAGAGGAUCAGAGUCCAUCUGGACUGGAACAAAGGAAAACUCACAUUCUCUGACCCUCUUACUGACACACAACUGCAUUGUUUAAGAAUUUCUUUUAACGAGAGAGUCUUUCCCUAUUUUUGGACCAAAAGCACAGUUAAUCCAAUCAGAAUUUUACCAAUGAAGACUUCUGUAAUAGUGGAGAGGAGUUAGAAACUCAACACUAGAGACAGAAAUACAGAUGAUUAUAUUAACAUACA